ACGAAAAUGAGAAAGCAAAAGGACGAUAUGCAGGUCAAUGUUGCCGGUCUACGCAGAAACAUCAAGAACCUAGCGCACAACUAUUCCGAUGCCCAGGUCAAAGUGCGUGAGGCCACCUCGAAUGAUCCGUGGGGUCCUUCGGCCGCCAUCAUGGGCGAGAUAGCGGACCUCACCUACAACGUGGUGGCCUUCUCGGAGAUCAUGCAAAUGAUCUGGAAGCGUCUCAACGAUCACGGCAAGAACUGGCGGCACGUCUACAAGGCGCUCAUCCUGCUCGAGUACCUCAUCAAGACGGGCACCGAGAAGGUGGCGCAGCAGUGCAAGGAGAACAUCUUUGCCAUCCAGACGCUGCGCGAGUUCGUCUACUUUGAGGAGGGCAAGGACCAGGGCACCCAUGUGCGCGAAAAGGCCAAGCAGCUGGUGAAUCUCCUCAAGGACGACGAGCGGCUCAAGAACGAGCGGGUGAAGGCGCUGAAGGCCAAGGAGCGCUUUGCCCUGCAUCCCAGCGGCUUUGGCAGCGACGGCUACAUUGAUGGGCCCUCGCAGCGUGACAUGCCGCCUGGCUGGCAGGAGGAGCCGCCCAAAUCACAAUCGGAACUGGAAAUGGUCAGGCCACAGACCGCUGGAGAGGAAGAACUGCAACUGCAGCUGGCCAUGGCCAUGUCGCGCGAAGAGGCCGAGCAGGAGGAGGCCAAGCGACGGAGCGACGAUGUCCGCCUGCAGCUGGCCCUCAGCCAGAGCGAGCAGGACUUCAACGGCCAACCAAUUACCAGACCCAAGAAGGAAGAGCCCCAGAGCCAUCUGCUGGACUUGCUGGACAUUUCGCUGGGCGCCACAAGCAUUUCGAGUCCGCCGCUGGGCGCUGCUGGCGGCGCUCCUGCGGCCGUCGUCGAUCCCUGGGCCACGCCCGGCGCCGCCCGUGCUCCCAGUCAGCUGUCAGACCCCUGGUCGGGCACCUCCUCGCCGCAAGUGGACCCCUGGCACCCCUCGGCCGCACCGCGCACCAUCAUGGGCGCCGGUGUGCCCUUGACUUCGGCCAUGGGAGGUCCCUUGGGAAUGGGAGCCACCGCCAGCGGUGAUGCGUGGGGUCUGCGCACACAAUCACCUUCCGUGGCCUCCGGCUCCUCGAAUGAGGGUUGGCUACAAACCAAUGGGAAUGCCAAUCAAAAUGGUCGCGGGGCCACGCCUGCAGGCGGAGGUCCAUUCGAAGCUCUGAUGACGAGAACCACUGCUGGCAGUGCCUUGGCAGCGGCGCCCCCAGCGAACAGCCACGCCGGCAACAAUGGCAGCGCCUCUGCGGAUCCUUGGCUGGCAGAGCCAGCGGGUGCAGCAGCCAUCGCACCAGCGGAUCCCUGGACACUGGAAGCACCGGUGCAGCCAGCGCUGGAUGAUCCCUGGAAGGCACUUGGAGCAGGAACGGGCGCUAUUAAGAAACAAUCCCCCGAGUUUGAUGAAUUCGAUUUGAUAACCAACCGCAACAAGAGCGCCGAUCAAAGCCAUUCGAAUGCCUCCAACAAUAACAAUAAUGCUUCUCUGCUCGACGACAUGGAUCCGCUUUCUUUGAACUACGGCAACGGAGCUGCCAUCAGCAGUACGAGCUCUGUCCAUCCCUCGACAGGGGCCACCGCAAAGAAACCGCUCAAGGAUCCGCACUCGUUCCUCGGCGAGAACUCGGCGCUGGUUAAUCUGGACAAUCUGAUCAAACCGAUAGCGCCACAAACGCAAUCGGGCAAUGCCCCAGCCUACAAUCCAUUCAGCGACAACGUGAUGCCACCCAAAACGAAUCUAUUCCAGCAACAGCAGCCAGCCGUGCCGUCCAUCAACCAGCUGAAACAGCAGGCUCCCUUUGCAGUCAGCAUGAACCAGGAUCCCUGGGCGCCAGUCAUGGGUGGAGGCGUCAGUCAGUCGCAGCUGAAGCUACCACCACCCGUGCGUCCGACUAGUCUUAAUUUGGGGAUGCCAUCGGCCCCUGCCUAUGCCUCCGGCAUGGAGGAAUUUCAGCUACUGAAAGCGUUUAGUAAUCCCGUCAUUCCCUCGGCCACACCGACCCAUCCGCAUCCGCAUCCACAGCAGAUUACGGAACAGAUCUACACUUAUCCGUACAUCAGCAAGCAGCAAGCGUUUAGUAACCCCGUCAUAUCCUCUGCCCCACCACACCAUUCCCAUCCACAUCCACAGCCAAAUACGGAACAGAUCUACACCUAUCCGUACAGCAGCAAAACCCUCAGCAAUCCCAGUCCUGGCAUCGACAGCAUACGCAAUAUGGAUCUGUUCAGCGAGACGCCACAGCGUCCCUAUUUCAAUAGUCCCACAGCCCAUGAGGCUGAUCCAAGAUAUAAAUCCAAUAUGUACAACAGCAACAACAACAACAACAACAUGUACGGCACUCCGGGACUGUACUCCACCUAUGCGUCCAGCUAUAGCAGCGCCCUAUCCGAUUCGCUGGCCGAAACGCCGGGUAUCAAAAUUGCACCCAUGACCUUUGGAGCUGUAUCUGAAGAUUUACGCAACUAUGGCAUGUCCACGGGAGCUACGGCUCCCUGCAACCUGGAAGUGAGUCAAAACAACAACAUGCCUUGGAUCAAACCGGAAGCAGGAGCAACAAAUCCAUUUUUGUCAUAAGGAACAAGGAUUCAGGAGCAGGAUUCAAGAGGUGACAGCAGACAGGAGGACUCAACCACUAGAACAAGAGAACACAAGAACCAGAUAAUCGACUGCUUGCGGCUUUGGCUGGUGUGCGCGGUGCUGGUGCAAUGGCCGCCAACAAACAACCAGAGUAACGACAGCAAACCACAGCAAUUUAGCUCUACCAACUGCAAAAAGAAAUAUGAACUAAUUAAUAAAUUAUGUGUAAGAAAGUAUUAUUAAACUGUAAAAUAUGUGAUGUACAACAGAGUGGAAGAGAAAGAGAGAGAGAGAGCACAGAACCAAGGGAAAGAGAGAGAGAGAGAGAGCAUUGACAGCCACCACACCACACCAGACCAGGCUAGGCCAGCCGCCACUCUGUCUCUGAACACACUGGAAUCCUGCGAUCGGAAGCCCACAUGCAACCACAGAACUUGAGUUUAGAAAACACAUUUGCAAUAACUGAAACCAUGUAAACCUUGUUGUAAGAUAGCAGCAUAGGGAGAGCCCCCUUCGCCCCCCCCCGCUCACACACACACACGCUACUCAACAGGCAAUGAAAUUAUUUUACUACUCUUCACACAUUCUAAUCGUAAUAGAAAGUUGAGUGGCGUGGCUGCUGUUGAAGGGGGGAGUCGAGCCCCUUAGUCGAUACACCCCUCACACAUACACACACACCCACACCCACACCCACACACAGACCCACUGUUACGAGUUGUUGCAGCUUUUGUGGAGUGGCGGCAAACACACACCAAAAGAGAAUGCAGCCGCCAGAGAGUGCAGAUCAUCGAUAACGAGAGUCCAAACGAGAGAUGCAAAAAUGAAAACUAAAUGAGAAACAAAUUGUUAUAUAGCUUUAAAUUUUGCAUUGGUCAAAGAGAAUGUUAAAAACAGAGGAUAAACCAAUUAAUGUGUGCUUGUAAUUGUAAUUGUAAUUGUGAAAUGUUAAUGUCUCAUUUUUGUAACACUUUUUAUUGUGCGUGCGCGUGAGUUCGAUUUUGAAACAUACAUUUUUACUGAUAUUUUUGAAAGGCAGUCGAUUCGUUUGUGCAUAUAUAUGUAUUCGCUUUUGGUCCACCCCCGAACCGAACACAGUGCACGAGUUUUGCUGUUGAAACCAUUUUUUUACACAUAUAGAAACUAGUUUGAAAUUUACAAAAAUGAAAGAACGAAUGAGCCCCUAACACAUAUACAAAGAGAAAGAGAAAGAAAGAGAGAGGGAGAGAGAGAUAGAGAGAGAGAGAAAACCCAAUAUUGUAAAAGCGGAUCGAGUAAGAGGAGUGUGGAACUAAAAACGAAACAAAAAAUGGUAUACAUUUAGGCUAGAAUACGUAAUGAAUUGUGUAAGCGUAACUUAAUGAUAACGAAAUAUACAUACUUAUAAAGAGAA